UGUGAAAUAUUUCAGUUGUUAGUUGGAAGAACUGGGCACUGAAUGUGGAGUUGGUUUGGAACUGGAAGAACUUACUGGAAGGUGCUGGUUGUGUACUAGGUUUUUCUGACUAAGAAAAUACCAUGUUUCCAAUCCCUUACCAGUAAAGCAUCCUUAAGUAUGGAGAACUUCAUUCUUUAUGAAGAGAUAGGAAGAGGAAACAAGACCAUCGUUUAUAAAGGAAGAAGAAAGGGGACAAUUAAUUUUGUUGCCAUUCUUUGCACUGAUAAAUGCAAAAGAGCUGAAAUAACAAACUGGGUUCGUCUGACUCAUGAAAUCAGACACAAGAACAUAGUGACAUUUCACGAAUGGUAUGAAACAAGCAACCACCUGUGGCUUGUAAUGGAGUUAUGCACAGGUGGUUCACUAGAAUCAGUUAUUGCCCAAGAUGAACAUCUACCUGAAGAAGUAGUGAGAGAAUUUGGUGUAGAUUUGAUUGCCGGUUUACACCACAUUCAUAACCUUGGGAUUAUCUUUUGUGAGCUGACACCUGGAAAGAUUCUGCUGGAAGGGCCUGGCACUUUGAAGUUCAGUAACUUUUGCUUGGCUAAAGCAGAUGGAGAAAACUUGGAAGAAUUUUUUGCUUUAGUUGGGUCUGAAGAAACAGGAAGAGAUGUUGUUGAAAGCACUCCACAAAGACACCUGAAAAACAGACUUCGAGGCUCUCCAUUAUACACAGCUCCAGAAGUAAUAAAGGGAGAAGACUUCUCCAAGUCCAGUGAUCUGUGGUCCUUAGGAUGUUUACUUUAUGAAAUGUUCUCAGGAAGACCACCAUUCUUCUCAGAGAACUUUUCAGAAUUAAUUGAAAAGAUUUUACAUGAAGAUCCACUGCCACUGAGGCCCAAGGGUUCUGCUUUUCAGAAACCUUCUGCAGAGUUCAUUAACUUACUUGAUGGAUUGCUUCAAAAGGAUCCUCAGAAGAGGCUCAACUGGACAGACAUAUUGCAACAUCCAUUCUGGAAAGACUCCCUUAGCCAUUGUGACGGCGAUUCUUCAGACAGCCAGGGCUCAAGCAAUGAAGACUUGGAGUCAUGGAAUACCAAGGGGCCAGAAGAUGCUUGCAAAAACCUAUCAUCUUCAAGAGCAGAUAAUAAGCUACCAAGCAAUUCUUUCAAAAUAGUAGAAAAUCCGACUGAAUUGCGCCCCAAAAAUGCAGAUGGUGGAUCAAAUGAAUCCAUAUUUCUUCUGAGUUCUCGUCCUACUCCUAGAACCAGCACUGCAGUACAAGUAACUGAUGUUAGUAUUGCUCCAAUCCAAAAUUCUCCACAAAAGGAUUCAAGCAUGACAAGGGCUAAAAAUGUGUGCUCAAGUCAGCAGGAUAUGGAGUCAGCAUUGAAAGAGCUCAUUUACACUGAAUCUGAUCUUAUCAUAACACCAAUCAUUGACAAUCCAAAGAUAAUGAAGCAAAUGCCAGUUAGAUUUGACUCAAAAGCUUUACAUAUACCAGCAUAUUCAGCUGAGAAGUUGUCAUCUCUGAAGGAUGUGGACUGGAAUGACUUCUUGCACCAAGCAUGUUUGUUGCUUGAUUCCACUGAGAAGAAUCCAGGAGCAGCACGUUCUAAACUGAAUUUACUGUCUUACCUCUGUACUGUGGCUGGCCACAAGGAAGCUGCAAGCAGGCUAAUUAACUCUCAGCUGUUUCCAGUGUUAAUACAGCAGCUGCGUGCCGCCACCAACUGGGAUAUACGUGCUAAAGUGGCUCGAGUGAUUGGUUUGCUGGCACUGCACACGUCUGAGCUUGGAGAAAACAUACCUGUGUCUGAGGCAUUUAUACUUCUAACUGAACUCAUCAGAGAGAACUUCAGAAAUAGCAAAUUGAAACAAUGCCUUUUACCAGCACUUGGGGAGCUUCUUUAUCUUGUAGCCAGCAAGGAGGUAAAAAAAGAGCACCCCAGAGAAUGCUUGGUUGUUCCCUCAGCAGCUUACACUGUGCUAAUGAGGUGUCUUCGGGAAGGGGAAGACCGGACAGUGAACCAUUUGGCAGCAAAGAUAAUCGAAAAUGUUUGCACUACUCUCUCCUGCUAUGCACAAGGAUUUAUUACAGGAGAAAUUGGACCAGUCUUAUGGUACCUUUUCACACAUUCUACCAUAGAUUCUUUGAAAAUAACUGCUGUUUCGGCUUUAUGCAGAAUUACCCGUUAUUCACCCAGUGCUUUCCAGAGUGUCAUUGAGAAGGUGGGAUUAACAGCUGUACUAAAUUCCUUGCUAACUGGAAUAUGCAAAAUACAGCAGUACCUGCUCACCAUGUUUUCUGCAAUGUUGUCAUGUGGAAUUCAUCUCCAGAGGCUGAUACAAGAAAAGGAGUUUAUGACUACAAUUAUUCGUUUACUUGAAAGUCCUUCAACUUUCAUACGAGCAAAAGCAUUUCUGAUCCUGCUGCAAGUUUUAAUAAAUAGCAGGGAAAUGUUGCUUCUCAGUUGUCAAGCAAGGCUUGUGAUGUAUAUUGAAAGAGACAGCAGAAAGACCACAGCAGGAAAAGAGCAGCAAAGCGGCAAUGAAUACCUGUCAAAAUGCCUGGAUCUUCUCAUCCAUCACAUUGUACAAGAGCUGCCAGGAAUUCUAGGUGACAUUCUCAACACCUUAACUAAUGUCUCUGGACGCAAACACCCAUCAACAGUUCAGGCCAAACAGCUGAAGAUGUACCUUCCCAUGAUGCCUGUAGUGCUUCAUCUUGUGACAUCCCAGGUAUUUCGUCCUCUCAUUGUCACAGAGGAGUUUCUUUUCAACUAUGGGACCUUACUUAAUUUUAUUAGAUCGAUAGAGUCAGGAGAAACAAAUUUGGAUGGAGCAAUAGGUCCAGCUGCAUCAGAAGAACUGAUUAAGAGUACUUUAUCAACGUUUGAAGCAAUAACACUGCAUCCUGCCUUGUUGACGAUCCAUCACUUGACUGUUGAAGGCUGCAUCCUCCCACCACUAGUUUCUUUGGUCCACAGUCAGAAUGUGGAAUGGAGACUCUUCAGUUUGCGGUUGCUCUCAGAAACCACAUCACUACUCUUAAACCACAAGGUUAUGGCUGAGGAGAAAGAGGAGAGCCUCGACUCAAACAGGAAGCUUCUGUCUCUCAUUAGAGAUUCAUUGCUGCCUCAGUAUGAGCACAUCCUGAUGACUCCAGACCCAGUACCACUGUAUGCUCUGAAGCUGUUGGUGGCCCUGACUGAACACAGCCCUUCUUCUGUGAGCCUUGUGGAAGAAAACCAUCUUUUUCCAGUUCUUUUCCAAGUCAUCUUGGAACACCAAGACAAUAUACUAGGGAAUACAAUGCAAACUGCAGUCGCCUUACUGAACAACGUGGUCGCCAACAAAAGCACAAAUAUGAUGUCACUUUUUGCAGAAGGACUGGCUCCUCACAUCUGUAAUCUCCUAAUAGAAACUGUGGCUCUGUACUUGGAGGCAGAUGAUAAAAGCAGCACCAAGACAGCAAAUGCACUGCUGCUGUCCUUGCUUGACAUUUUGCACUGCAUGCUGAUGUACACAACAAACAUUGUGCGCCAGACUUUGCAGGCACAGAAAUCCGGCACAGGAGGGGACACGCAGGCUGCUGAAGAUCUUCUGCUUAUCAAUAAACCCCUGACGGACCUAAUUAGCCUGCUUAUUCAACUGCUUCCCAGUGAAGAUACUGAAACAUUUGAGUAUGCCUCACGGUGCUUAUCACUGCUGGUUCAGCUCUACGGAGGCAACAGUCAGGAGAGCAUGUCUCCAGAAAACAUGGACAGCUUUGCUGAAGUGCUGCAAUCCAGAAAAGAUACACGGCAUCGGAAGGUUCUGUUGAGAAUUAUAAAGAGACUGAUAACUUCAAACGAGAAGUGCUUGGAGAGCCUGAAGAGUGAUGGCGAUGCUCUGCUCUGUGCUCUGCAGAGCCUGGCCCAGCCUGCCAGCUCUCACGCUGAUGUUGCUGUUGCCUCCCUGUCAUCUGAAAUUCUGAGAGCAGUGGCAGAUGAAAAUCCAAAGCUGACCAAGUGAACUACUUUGGACCAGCCCACCAAAAUGCACAGCUGUGUGUGAUGCUCAACACUGUCCUGAAUCAACGUCUUCACACAAGCAGAGCAGUCCUAAUUCACUGAGUCGUGAGCCACAGGCAUGGUUUUGGCUUCUUCAGAAAGAACAGCUUUCUUUUUUAUAGCCCCUUAUGGGUGAAUUCUUGAUUACUGUUUUACCUUGCUGGCAGUGUGUGAUGUAGUGUGAGUGCUUGACAACUCGAGUUUGAGAAGAGCAAAUAAAAUAAAUAGUUUAGUUGUUUCACAGUA